UAUGAUGAUAAUUUUAAUGAUACUUUCACAUGGUGAGCUGAGCAUGCAGCUAGCUGAAGUUUCACUCUUCAAACAACAAUGAACCCCUGGAUGGGUAAAACAAAAUUAAUUUGAGCUGAGAACUUGAGAGUUUUAGAAACAUUUUCAUUUUAUUUUAAGUUUCAUCCUAUUAAUAUCAUGUCAUAGGAAAACUAUAAAUUUGACAGUUGAUGGAUUAUAAAAGGAUUUCUACAAUUUACUUCUAAAAGUGGUAGUAUGGAACAUCAUUGAAAAUGGUGUGCAUUUUGGAAAAACAGUGGUAUAUAUAUGUAGGACCUAGCAUCUGUGUAUGGCUUCUUGGAUAUAUAUGUAUUUUUAUUAGACGAUUCCAGAAAUAUUGCAGUGAUGCACCAUUGGAAAGGAUAUCUGAUUCAACAUCAUUUAUCGCAGAAGAUGUGGGUGGGGAGCCCACUGAAUUGUUUAAAACAUGUGUUGGCAAUCGGGAAAAAAGAUCAUCCAAACUUGUUCUUAAAGACACGAUUGAGGGUUUGGUCAGAGGCAGGACAUAUCCUGGAAAAUUAGUGAUUGGAGUUGUAUGGUUACUGAAUGUGCUGUCUCUAGUGCUCUACUUCAUUGAUGAAGCAAGUGUACUAGGAGACUCUAAGUGUGUGAAGCUGUUGCCUUUGGAUGCUUUGCUACAUUGCUGCUUCUUCAUAUUUAGCAUGUUAAGGUUUGGAGUGUGUAAGAAUGGCCUUAUGUUCUGGUCAUCACUGAGCACCAUUGUUGACAUCUUCACCAUUCCACAACCUUUCAUUGCAAUCUAUCUGGGCAGAAACUGGCUUGGUCUUAGAUUUCUGAGGGCCUUAAAUCUGAUAAUGGUUGCUGAAAUAUUACAGCUUCUUGGCUGGUUGAGGUCAAGGAACAGUAUCAGAAUGACUACUCUAGCAAUGAUCUUUACUGGGGUCUGGCUCUCAACAUCAGGAUUUGUACAUCUUGUAGAAAACACUGGGGAUCCCUUUUAUGAGUACAACAAUGGUCAAAGCCUCACAUAUUGGGAUUCAGUCUACUACAUGUUGGUUACUAUGUCUACUGUUGGCUUUGGAGACAUCAGCUGUGUAACUGUAACAGGAAAGAUCUUCAUAACUGCAUUUAUUAUAGGAUCUUACGUGAUGUUUGGUAACAUCAUAUCAGAAGUGAUUUCAUCAAUGGCUACUAGCUCCAGACGCAUGUACAGGAAUUGCGAUCACAUCUAUACUAGAAAGUUUGUAAUAGUAUGUGGACACAUCACCUGCCAUUCUGUCACUUCAUUUCUGAAAGAUUACUUGCAGAGAGAUACACACAUACAAGGCAUAAGAGUGAUAUUUGUGCACAAGGAUCCCCCAGGUGAGGAGCUGGAACUAGUCAUAAAGACGAACUUCACUCAGGUGCGAUACUUCCAAGGUUCAGUCCUCAAUGAUGCAGACCUUCAAGCCAUGCAUAUGAGCUCAGCAGAUGCAUGUCUGAUUCUAUCAAACAAGUGUACACCAGAGCCCUAUGAGGAGGAUGUUGCCAACAUUAUGAGGUGUACAAGUGUUAAGACAUUCAGGCCAAAUAUCAGAGUCAUCAUGCAAGUCUUACAGUAUAGAAACAAGCAAAGGUUGAAGAAUGUUCCACAUUGGAAUCCAACAAGGGGUGAUGAGGUUAUAUGUGUUACUGAGCUCACCCUCAACCUGAUGGGUCAACAUUGCAUCAGUCCAUGUCUGCCAACCCUAGUUGCUAACAUCAUCAGGCCAUACUCAUCUGUGGCUAAACAUAAGAUCUACAAACUUGAGAGCUGGGAGAAGUCUUAUCAUGAAGGUCUCAAAAUGGAGGUCUAUAAUGUUGCAUUACACAGAAGUUUCAAUGGCAUGCCAUUUAGUGAGGCCGCAAAAAUAUGUUACUGUGAACUGGAUGUGCUCCUCAUUGCCUUGUAUACACCUGCUUCUCAGGGUGAAGAUCCUUCAGAUGUUUGUAGCACAUUUCUAGUCAACCCGUCUGAGGACUCAGUACACAGUAGAAGUGUAGGGGUCUGCAUAGCAUCUUCUGCUGCUACAGCUAAACAAGUGUCAACUUGGUGUACACAAUGUCUUCAUCACCAUGGUGACCAUGACUGUUUCGCAGACCAGCCAACCAAAUCAGUCAGCAAAAAAGAAUACACACUGGUUUACAAUAUAUUGCCACAGCCCCCAAGGCAUCUUAACUCCACCACAAGUCAUUUGUUACCAGAUCAGUGCAGAACUGAAUCUAAUGGAGCUGUGAAAAAUUAUGAAGAAGCUAUAUGGGUUUCAAGGCCAGCACCUACUUUAAGGGACAAUAUACCUUUACUUACUGUUGAAACAAGGAAGGCCAGCAUAUGUAAGAGACCACAAUGUAAACAGAGUGUGACAUCACCAACUACAUCUAGAUCUUACUACUGGACAAGGCAACACUCAGUCGAAGAUGCAAUACUUACUUCCAAAAUGGAUGACAAAAAGUGUGCUAUAUUACAGAAGCAUAUAAUCGCCAUAGUGAUAGCCAGUGGAACUGAUCCAAUUAUUCAGCUUGAAAACUUUGUUAAACCCUUGAGGACAAUAGAUAAAGACUAUGAUGAUUUGAGGCCAAUAGUUCUUGUUGGUGACAGAUAUUACCUGGAGAGGGAGUGGGCUAGUUUACAACAUUAUCCAAAGAUUUAUAUUCAUGAAAGUUACCCCAUUUUACCUCAAGUUUUAGAAGACGUGAAUAUUAGACAAGCGUCAUCCUGUGUCAUCCUUUCUGCUGCUAGAGGGAGCUGUUCACACCCAGAAUUACGGGACAAGGAUGUUGUCAUGUGUGCCUUGGAAGUGCAGUCCCUACUUAGAGAAAACCUGGAUUGCAGAAUGGUGAAUUAUGCAGGUGCAUCAAAUCCAGAAUACACUGUGCAAUCAUCAGACUACAACUUUUCUCCAACACCAACUAAGACAAACCUUCUAGUCGAGACAGCCAAUGAUUCCAGCGUGCAGUAUCUAGGCAGAGAAAGCACACUGUCCAUAGCCAUCAUGGAUUCACUCGUUGUGUCAACAUAUUACUCCCCCUGUGUAUCCAUGGUGGUUAAUACUUUGUCCAGUGGUAGCAGUAGUGAUGUAGCAUCAUUCACAAAUCACAAAGGGGAGCAGACCAGUAGGAAUCAAGUCACAACAAUAACACUUGAGGAUGGAGAAUAUUCUGAGUAUAAGAAUGGUUACUAUGGGGAUCUAUUUUCCCAUGCACUAGUGACCAAUGGUGUGUUGUGUCUGGGAGUACGGAGAAAGUGCAGCCAAACCUUUGGGCAGGAAAACAGGAGAGUCAUCACAAAUCCACAAAGCAGUUUUAGACUGAAUUCUUCUGACAGUGUAUAUUGUUUGUUGCCUCAAGAAAACCCAAUGCAGGACAAUGGGAACAUUACCAUAUCUGAAAUAUGAUCAAGAUCACAAUCUGUGGUGUGAAACAGUGGCAGGAUUUAGUGGAAAUGCUUAUUGGAAUAACAUGUUAGAUUUGAAACUUUGCUAAUGUAUAUAUCAUCGAAUGGGAUUUUAGGUCUGCAUUGUAUUGUAUUUUCGUU